UUCGGAGAUUAAAUACAUCAACAGCUGUAUGAAACUGAGCACACACGUUGUCCGCAAUCAACAAAAUAGUGAAACAAACAAAAUAAUCUUAAACGUAAAGCUGCAGCGGGAGAUAAAAAAGAAUAUUUAUUAAAAUGCGUUAUGCACAAAUAGUUAUUGGUCCAGCUGGUAGCGGUAAAUCGACUUAUUGCACGUAUAUGCAACGCUUAGCUCAGGAUUCUAAAAGACUUAUUGAAGUCGUCAAUUUAGAUCCGGCAGCGGAACAUUUCGAUUAUCAGCCUGCUAUAGAUAUACGAGAUCUCAUUCAAUUGGAUGAUGCUAUGGAAGAUGAAGAAUUACGUUAUGGACCUAAUGGAGGUCUUGUAUUCUGCUUGGAAUUUCUUAUUGAAAAUCAGGAAUGGUUGAAAUCACAAUUAAUUGGCGCUGAUCCAGAUAAUGAACUAAGCACAGAUCCCGACGAUGAUUAUAUUCUAUUUGAUAUGCCGGGACAAAUUGAGUUAUUUACGCAUUUAACAAUGGGCAAAAAAUUGGUACAAUUGUUGGAGUCGUGGAAUUUUCGUAUAUGCACCGUUUUUUUGGUUGAUUCUCAAUUUAUGAUAGACGGAGCGAAAUUUCUAUCGGGCACAAUGGCGGCUUUAAGUGUUAUGGCAAAUUUAGAAAUGCCGCAUGUAAAUGUUUUAACUAAAAUGGAUUUAUUAAGUAAAAGUGCACGCAAACAAUUAGAUAAAUAUUUGGAUCCCGAUCCGAGGGCAUUACUUAACGAUUUGACAACAGAAUCCGCUUGGGGACGUUCACAUCGCAAAUUAUCGGAAGCUAUUGGAACAUUGAUAGAAGAUUUUAGUUUGGUGCGCUUUAUUCCAAUGAAUAUCGAUGACGAAGAUAGCCUACAGGAUUUAUUGCUGCAAAUUGACAAUGUUAUACAGUAUGGCGAAGAUGGCGACGUUAAAAUGCACGAUUUCGAUCCGCCCGACAACGAGAAAGAAAACGACGAUUCAAAAUUGUUCAUGGAAUAAGUCACCGUUAUAUUUUUUUAAGAAUUUAGAAAGAAAUAAACUAAAUUUUAUACAAAUUUUUUUCUCCUCGUCAAUAGUUACAGGUCAUUUUAUACAAA